UAAAUGCCCAUUUAAUUGGGCCUUCCAAAUCAUCCUUCCUCUUCGCAAUGUCUCACCUAGAAAAUCAGAGAGGAGUUAAGUGAGUUGGUUUUUCAAUACACAAGUCGGCCUAUAUGAUUUUACCCUGUAGAACAUGACUUUCAACACAUUUCCCUCAUUUCAAUUGCUUCCGACAGAAGUCAGACAAGCUAUAUAUACCCUCGCUACACCGCCUCGAUUUGUGCACGUCCAACAGCGUCUGCAAGAUGAAGAUGAAUUUUUAGAAUGGUUCUAUGAUGCUGGCCCAAGCCAGAUGAAUUUACAUCGGUCUCUUACCUACUUUGCUCAUAACUGGCGUGAAAGGCUCUCGUCAUAUCCGGAUCUUCACGGCCAAAGAAGACUAGAAUCGUACAACUUCACAAACACAAAACGGAUACGGCAUCCCUGGCAAAUUUCAGACGAGACCCCGGAAAUCCCGGCUUAUUGGUUACUAGACCACUCUGAUAAAGCAUACGAGCUCCUUCGCAAGAGUUAUCUCUACAGUGAAGCACCUAUUCCCGCACUCCUCCACACGUGCUCGGAAUCGCGCUCCUUCCUAAUUCAAACUGGAUACCAGCUCGCAUUCGGGACUCGGACUCAUGGACCCCGAACGUGGUUUAAUUUCAAGCAUGAUGUAUUGUUUCUCGAACGGAUAUUCGAUAGGGAGCCGGUAUUUUUGGAGUACGGACCAUGGGGUAUUUCGGAAUUCGAUGUCGAUAGCCUGCGCCGAGUCCGAAAGUUGGCUUUGGGCUCUUUACCUUCUCCGCACCCUCGUUAUGCCGACGUAGAUGUUGUCAGUCAAACUUUACUUCAUGAUACAGUUCGGCUCGUACCAAACCUCAAUAAGCUGUAUUUAGUGGAAUGGGAUCAUUGUGACUUUGGUGAAUUUUUCUCACAUUCUUCGAGCUCGCCGACGGGCAAUUCCCCAGACACAAAAAUCGACCGGGAUUCGGCGGUUUACACGCGAGAGCUUUGGCGGUGUGUACCGGUCGAGGAUGUCGAUAUGCUAUUCUCUCCGAUGGGCGGCUUCCCUUAUGAUUCCUACAACAUUUCAAAUGUGGGGAUGCUUGGUUCGCUGGAGAAACUGAAGGGGGGUGACGGCGAUUGCUUCGAACAAGCGGCGCACUUGAAAGAAACAUAUCUCGCAAACCUGAGAAGAGAGAUAAUCGAAAAAGAAUCAUUGAAGCGAUCCUGGAAAAUACCAAAGAUCGAAAUUGUACACGUGUGUACGGAACCCAUGGCUAGACAGCUCAUUAAAGAUCGCCAUGAACUUUGGAGGCGGUCCUUGCUGCUGCAAAAGAAUUGGGCGCCGUCGUCUCAGUAUGUUAGUUUCAACAACAGUGGAACACCAGCAACAAAAAAUAGGCCUGUAUCACCAACUGAUCUGGCUUGGCAGGAUGAUUGGGAGGCAGUCCACGAAGCUGAGGAGGAAGAUAGGCGCCGACACGAGGUUUCUGAAGGGAUUGCGCUAGAGGAAAUACUUAAAGCUUGUCAACUUGCUCCCCCAAGACAGCAAUUGAUUAUGGGACCCUAAAUAUCGAAGGUGAGAUAUAGUGCCGAAAGAGCUGGUCAAUUUUUCAAAUUGUGUUUAAUGCUACGUCUAAAAUAUUGAGGAUUCCUGUGAUGGGAGAAUUGGUCUCUAAAAACGUACAGCAGUUGCUUGAAGAGGCAGGACCUUGCUAGAAUUGUAUACGGCCCCUUCCUGGAUUUCAAUGCUGCGAUCCGUCACAAA